AUGGGCGAUUAUGAUGAGAAUUUUUUUGAACAACCAAACCAAUUUUUAACGUCUUUUUCUAACUCUGACACUCAGAGGUGUGAGCAACAACAAACAUUAAGUCAAUUAGAUAUUAAUAUUAGGGAUUUUUAUGGAAAUGCUAGAGGAAUAUUAAGAUUGCCCACAGUCUUUCAGAUGAGUACUGGCUGUUUUUAUUCAACAAAAGACAUGCUCACUCUUUUAGCUUCAUUAAAUUAUACCUAUCUGUUAAAGAUACAAAACACAACAUUCUCUGGACGUUUUAUGAUUGUACAAAGUGGUUUUGUUUUCUUAACAGAACAAGAAUUAAAUGACAAAGAAGUUAUUCCCAUGCUUGUUCCUCCUUUCUGA